ACUACACUUCCCAGAAGCCCGUUGUGUAACGGAUGUGUAGCUACGGAAAGUUUUGGCUCCAGAGAGCGGGCUCCUAGGAAGUGUCUCCGAGUAAAGACGCCAGAGGUGCGAAGUGACUAGAUGGAGCCAAGGCGGAGAGCUAGGGAGUGGGAGAUAAAGUGGCCUCGUGAAUAGGAAUGUCUGCUCAAAUGCCAAGAUUGGAGAUGAUGGAUGAAGAUCGAAUAAUUGAAGAAGUCUUGGAUAAGUUUGUUAAUUGUCAUGAGCAAACAUAUGAAGAAUUUCUGAGCACUUUUAUUCAUCUUUCUAAAGAGAAUAAUGUGGCCAGGACGGGACUGCUCGGAACCGAUUCUACAGAAAGAACUUUUACCUCCGUAAAAUGCACUCAUCAAGAUGAGCCAAAUGACUACCAUCUCAGAAAUAAAACCAUCUUUCUUUGCACUUCAUCACAAUGUUCAGAAGAAGAACAGAUAGUGAUUGGUGAAGGCCAGAAAGUUGGCAGUUUCUUUCAAGGUGAUCUGAAUCGGGCAGGAAAGGUGAAGGUAGACAAUUUCCUAGCCUUAGAAGAUUUGGACAUGGACUCGGAUGAAGAGACGAAGCCCCAAAUGAGCAAGGAUUUGCUGCUUCCAGGAGAAGUGGAGGAAGAAGUGAGCACCUUCACUCCUUCUUGUGUUCUUCCGGUGGCCCGGCCUCUCAGCCCUGAAGUGAAGCCAAAGCCCACUGUAAAAGGAACAGACACACGCGACGAGGCUGGGAAACCUGUGAGGAAGCUGCAUCAUGUACAGACUGGGGCAUUUGCUUUUCAAGUCACUGCACCAGGCCUUUGCAGAAGUGGUUUCUGAAGUCCUUCGGGUGUAAGAGGGUCUGUGUCUUGAACUUGUAGAGGACUUAGCUUUGGAAAAUGAAGGUCAACUGGUUUGUGUUGAGCUUUACUUCCUGAAAAAUAUUUUAUACCUUCCUUUAUAUAUUUUGAUUAUAAUGUUAUCUAUUGAGGCAUUGACUUUAAUGAUUUCUAAUGACUGUUUUUGCCUAACAUAUACACAUAUAUGUAUGUGUGUCCACAUACAUGAGUAUCUUUUUUUACAGUGAAUCCAACUUAUCUUCAAAUGUCACUAAGCACCACAGAUUAGUCAAUAUUGCCUUUUUGUGUUUCGGAAAUGGCUUGCUGACCUCCUGUAAGGAAAAAACGCACAGCAGUUGUCUUUACAUAACUUUUGAUUCCCUUUUGUUGUUUUGGCCUGUGGCCUUUGCCUUUAGCAUCCACUGCUGCUUCCCCUGUCCACAAGUGUAAACAUAACCUACAGAGAAGCAUGGUGGUGGUGGUUUGGUGUUUAGGCAGCUGAACACCUGGCUGCUCAUGAGCAGGUGCACAGAGCUCUUAGGGAAGGGGUUUUAAGUUAAGAUAAACAACAAGAAGACAUGCAAGUCGCAGGUGAGGGCUUGGGUGUUGGACUUCUGGGUUUGACAAGUGAGGGCCUAUGAGUCUCAGGUCAGGGCCAGGGUAAAGGGCCGAUCAUAGCAUUUAUUUUCUGAAACAUGUCUUCAUGGCCGUGAUGGCGUCUAUGUUUAUCAUGCUGAGUGAGUUGACUGGAUUUUAUUCAGUUAUUGUUCUCAAUUUGCAAGGACACAAAGAGUUUUACACAGAUGGUACCCAAAGUGAUCACUUCUAAUUGUGCUGAAAUUGAGCUGUAAAAUUCUAUAUAUCAAAUAAAUAACCAUUCAAUAUCAUAGAGUUUACAAAGAGAAAUGAAAUAAAUUUUGCAAAGUGUGGCCACUUUCCCCAGACAGGAAAAUCAUUAUAUUUGUAAACGAUAAUUGACCAAAAUAGAAAGUGUUAAGAAAGUAUCAUUUGAGUUCUGUACACAUUCAGCAUCAUCUUAGCUGGGAUGUGGGAGAAGGAAAAUGGAAUGAAUAAAUAUUUUGUAACAUUGCCGAGAAGAAAAUUUUGGUAUAGGGAAGAGAGGUUAUUACAAUACCCCAGGGGACCCGUUGGCGAAUACGCUAGCUUGAACUGUUGCCUCGAAUAAAGUAUGUACGUCUAUAGCUAG